AUGAAUUCAUUAAUAUUUGAUUCAAUUUGCAAUCAAGAACAAUCAAUAACAAAUCUUGUUAAAAUUCAUCCACUUACACAAUUACUUCAACAAGAUUAUGAACAAUUAUUAAAACAAUCUUAUUCAAUAUCUUAUUAUCAUCAAAAUAUUGAUCGAGAUAAAGCUGAACAAUUAUUAAAAAUAAAAUAUAUUAAUUCAACAUGUGAUGGUUUAUUUUUAUUACGUGAUUGUUCAACAUCAACAUAUGAUUUUAGUUUAUCAAUUAUUCAUAAUAAUAAAUUUUAUCAUUAUAAAGUACAACUUAUUUAUGAUAUUUAUUUUUCUAUUGAUUCUGGUCCACAAAUAGCUGGUAUAGAAAAUCUAAUACGUUAUUAUCAAAAAUGUGCUGAUGGUCUUAUUUGUUGUUUAUCUAAUGAAUUUAUACAAGGUCAACCACCCCCACUUACAUUACGAUCUAUAGGUCUAACAAAUACAUUACAUCGAGCAUGUCAACAAGGUAAUUAUAAUAUUGUUAAAAAGAUUCUUUCAACAGAAUAUUCUAUUCAUCGACCUGAUGUUAAUGGAAAAGAUUCACAGGGUUCAACAGCAUUACAUCAAGCAAGUUAUUUUGGUCAUGAUGAUAUUGUACGAUUAUUAAUUAUAGCAGGAUGUCAUAUACUUGCACGUGAUAUAAAUGGUGCAACAGCUUUACAUCGAGCUGCUGCUGGUAAUCGUCCAUCAACAUUACUUAUUUUAAUUCAUGAAGGUUUAGCAGAUUAUGAAGAACGUAAUUAUAUAAAUGAUUGGGUUCCAUUACAUGAAGCUGCUUUUUAUAAUUCAGCAGCAUGUAUUCAAAUUUUACUUGAUUGUGGUGCUCCACUACGUCCACGUACUGAUCAUGGAAAAACACCUCUUGAAAUAGCUGAAGACGCUAAAUCUGAUGAAUCAAUAAUUAUUUUACGUCAAUAUAAAACUCCUCCAGCUAAAUCAUGUCGUAUUGAUUGGUUACAUGAUCAAUUAAAUUUUGAUCGUAUAGUAGCAAAACAAUUUCUUGAAUCAAUUCCUAAUGGAUUUACAAAUGGUAUGUUUCUUGUUCGUCGUAGUUCAACAAAUUUAAAUAAUUAUGCUUUAACACUUUAUUAUGAUAAUGAAUUUUUUAAUUUUGAAAUUAUUUAUCUUAAUGAAACAACAUUUUAUAUUGAUGAUGGACCUUUUUUUGAUUCACUUGAACAUUUAAUUGAUCAUUAUUGUCGAAUACCUGAUGGAUUACCAACAACAUUAACAUGUUCAGUUAAUAGAUUAAAAGAAAUUAUUCCAAGUCGUAUUCAACCAUGUACAAAUAAUCAGACUAAAGAUAUUUCAAUAGUUUUAAAAAAUAAUUUAAUACAUCAAACUAGUGUUGAUGAAACAAAAAUUCUUACUAAUACUCAAUUAUCAUCAUCAAUUCAUCGUUCGAAAAUUUUUUCUUCUUUAAAUAGUUCUAUAACUUCUCUUAAUUCAUCAUCAUUAUCAUCUCGUUCUCGUGCUUCAUCAAUACAAGACAAUUCAUUAUCAAAUUCAUCAUCUAGUGCGUCACUUUCAGGUCAUAGUCCAUCAAAACAAAUUAUAUCAAUAAUUCAACAUGAAAACUCUUUAAAAAAUGUAAAUUUAUUUGUUGAUCGACGUAAUAUUGUUGGUGGAAAAAUAAAGCCAUAUAUACCUGAAUAUCAAACUGAAAUAACACAUUAUCAAUUUACAAUACCAAUAAAAGCAACAGAAAAAUCUAAAUCUUUAAAAUUAAAUCUUAUUUCACCAGAUCAAAUUCAACAAACAGCAAAAUUAGGUGAAGGGGAAUUUGGUGAAGUUUAUGAAGGAUUUUAUCGAGAAAAUUCUACAACUAUACCUGUAGCAAUAAAAGUUUUAAAAGAUUAUUCAUAUACAGCUAAAAAAGAUUUUCUUCGAGAAGCUGAACAUAUGUCAAAAUUAAAUCAUCAUUGUAUAUGUAAAUUAUAUGGUAUUGUAGAUUCAAAUAAUAAUGAUAUGAUGAUGAUUAUUGAAUUACUUUUAUUUGGUUCAAUGCUUGAUUAUUUAUGGAAAUAUAGAUCAUCAAUAAAUGAAUAUCGAUUAAAAUUAUGGGCAUCACAAAUUGCUGAUGGAAUGAAAUAUAUGGAAUAUAAAGGUAUUAUCCAUAGAGAUUUAGCAGCAAGAAAUAUACUUUUACAAUCGACUGAUCAAGUAAAAAUUAGUGAUUUUGGUUUAUCAAGAUGUAUCGAUACAGAUGUUUAUGUACAAAAAUCAGAUAGUAAAAUUCCAGUUAAAUGGUAUUCACCAGAAGCAAUAAGUUUUGGAAAAUUUACUUCAAAAUCUGAUGUUUGGUCUUUUGGUAUAACUCUAUGGGAAAUGUUUUCUUAUGGAGGAACACCUUAUGGUGAUAUGAAUGGUAGUGAUGUUUAUUAUUUUUUAAAACAUGGAAAACGUUUAGAAAAACCAUCAUCUUGUCCAUCACAUAUAUAUCAAAUAAUGCUUAAAUGUUGGGAAUGGGAUGAAAAACAACGGCCAACAUUUUAUCAACUUUUUCAAUUAUUAAAAAAUGAUUAUAAUAAUCAUCAAUCAAAUACAAUAAUAAAACAAUCUAUGUUAAUAAAUGAUUUUAUGAAUGAACAAUAUGGAACAGAUCAGAAUAAUCAUGAAUCAACAACACUAAAAUUUUAA